UCUUCGGAAGCGUAAUAUCACGUCGCUGAAAUUUCUAUGAAAUUCCUGCCCGAUCAUAAAAAUCCUUGCUCUGAUUUAUUAAAUUUUAACAUCAGCCUUCAGCCAUUCUCAUUUUCCAAUUUUCUUCUGCAAUUUUCUAACUGAACACCUGCCAUUUCUCACGAUUUCAGUGACAGUGAACGAACGUAUCACACGAAACGAAAAUCUACAACCUCGAAUAACCAAGAGAACACACAUUCAAAACAAUUUGCGUGAAUUUCAUAAUCGAAACUUCGAAUAACGACAAGGUCGUCUUCAGAUAAAAUCUCUUCCCAUAUAUAUCUCUACGCGCUCACAUCGUUUCUCAUUUUCAAGUUAUCCCUUUAGUCUUGCUUCUAUCAAGAAGAUGUAAAGAACAGUCCUCCAUGUAUAUCGGUCUAGUGCAUGUCACGUUGAUAGCAAGUGCUAUCUCAGCCGUGCAGGGCAAAUAUCGGUUCUUUCAGGCGAGAAAUUUCACUAACGUUGAAGCCAUCGUUUCCUGCACGAGCCUGACGGCGAAGCGUUUGUUCAAUCCCGAGAGACGAAUCGAUGUGCUGUACGUCGUGCCUGCCACCUAUCUCGAGGACGCAAUCUCGAAAGUCUGCGUGGAAAACGCGCCAACUCUGGUCGUCGAUCGUGCCGAGUUAGUUAAAAAUGAACGCAUACAAGGUUACAUCGUGAUCGAACACGGUAAAUUUAUUAAUUCGCGUAGAAUAUUUCUGUAUGGAAAGAAGAAUCUACGCACGUUACAAUAUCUGUUCGUUACGAGGAGCGUGAGGGAAGAGGUGCAUUUAUUCGCGAGAGAUUUGUUGAACGCCGGCUAUCGGGACGUGGCAUUUCUGAUGUUCGAUGACACGGCCACAGGUACGAUUAUUCGUGCAAGCGCAACGGGAGACGAGAUUACAUCGAGAUCCGUAGGAUCCUGCACGUCGGUCACGAACGAUGUGGAUCGGAUUCCGACGUUCGCCGCGGAUUCCCGUCGAUUUUGCCCGCUCGGUGGCUGCACCAUGAAAUACGCGAUCGUCACGGAUGCGACAGUGAGCUUCUGGCUCAAAGAAGACACGCUCAGACUGAAACGUGAGCAAACUGUGUUCGCUAGUCUGGACACGCACACUAGGGACAGUGUUUGGAGAGUUCAAUGGAAUGUGGAUUUUUACUCGGGCACGGGGGAGUGUGAGAGAUGUAGAAGUAACGAAACACUGCAAGCAGUAGGCGCUCUCCUCAUUGAAGACUUCGGGAAGUACUACAACCUGACCGUCGACUCCAGCACAGAAAUAAACAUACCUUGGCCCGAUGCCUUCGAAAAGCUCAUGAACCGUGACAUAGACAUGAUAGCAGGGCCGAAACCCGAAGAUCUACAAAUCUUAGACAACGUCGAAGUCAUCUGCUGGUAUAUGUUCCGUGAUAUGGUGCUUGCCAGUUUGGUUCGUAUUAGAACUAUCGAGAACGACAUUUUAAAGUUAGUAAUGCCGUUUCAUUAUUUCGUCUGGAUCAGCGUGUUCCUUGUAUUCAUUGUUUACACUCUUCUAUUGAUCGUACUGAAAAAAUUGUCGAGCAUGGGUUUGAUCAAAGAACAAGUGAAAUUUGCACAUAUUUGGGCGAUCUCGUUGUCUCAAAGCAUCACGUUGCCAAGAAACCUUGGUUUGCGCCUGGUGCUGCUUUUGUGGAUGAUUUUCUCCCUUUAUUUGAGCAUCACUUAUAACAGCACGUUUACCAGCUCGCUAGCUCAAGUCGACACCGAGGAUCUGCUGCAGAAUCUCGAGCAAGUACGUGACUCUGGUCAACCACUCAGCGGACCAGGCGUCGUACGCUCCUAUUUCAACAAUUCCGACGAUCAGUUCAUCAUAGAUUUGUAUAAAAGAUACGAAGUACUUGGACCCGAAGAAGCACUUGAUAGUAUAUUCAAGAAGAAUGGAUUCGCUGUGUUGCAACAUUUCACCGUUGACAGAAUGAACUGGGAUUACAGGAAUAACAGAAGUCUUCGGAUGUACACACUACCAAAACCAGUUUUCAGAUUCCCAGUUUUCUUCUUUGCAAGAAGAGGAUACAUGUAUCGAAGGCCUCUUCGACGACUCAUUACGAAGUACCGAGAAACAGGAAUGAUAAAGAAACUGAGUAAUCGAUUAAUGAUCGAGGAAGACCAGCAGAUCGUUUUUAAUCAAGAUUCGGAUGAAAUUUUGACUAUGAAGCAUCUCCGUCCGAUUUUUGAGAUAUUCUUCGUGUGUCAGGGUAUUGGUUGUUUAAUAUUCCUCAUCGAAUUGUUAGUGACUUGUAUUCUGAGAGAUUCGUUAUAGUAUUCAUUGCUCGAUUUUUAAUUUUAUUAGUUGAAUCUUUGAUUAAUUAUAUUGAUGAAAGAUCGGUCAUUUGAUAUCAGUAUAGUUAAGAUAAUUAUUUCUAUUAUUAGACUCGAUGUUAAGUACGAAUAAUUGGCACAGAAAUGAGUGUGAUAAACUACUUUAUGAUAUAUAUAGAAGCGAGACAAGUCCGAAGCAGGAAGUACAAAUAUGUCUGUUUGCGUAAGAAAACGACAAAUCCUUGUUUUACUUCUUUGAGAGUGUUUGGUUUCCUGUUAUUGCACCCGCUCUUUUCAUUAAGUAUGACGUAAAACGUGACGCUAUAUAUUUUGAAGGAUUUUGCGAGAUAUUCCACCGGUUUGCAUAUAUCAAAUUGUCCUUGAAACGAGUUUUUGAAGGUUCACAGGAUGUUGCGUCACAUUUCUUCGUUCCCGCGGAACAAUAAUUCUUCGAUAUUACAUAAUCUGCAAGAUGCAUUAUCAUAAAAUGCAUUUCAUUGAGUUUAGCAUUUGUACUUGGUUGUGAAGCAAGGUUGCGGGACAAAUUUAUCGAACGAAAGGGAAAACAUCGUGCAUGUUGUCGACGAACACCAUUCACCAAUAAAUCUGAUUUUUCAAAUUGCUCCGUGCACCGUUGCACGACGAAUCGUCCAACAUCGUUGUUUAGGAGUAUUCUUUCUAACUCGCUCGUACAGAGCUGAUUCGUUUUGUUUCUUUGCCAAGACGGUCCAUUUAUUUUGCAACACGUGCACGCGAAACUCAACGUAACGGAACCUAUAUUUUCCUCUACAAAAAUACCUUGAUUCGUGAAAUUUUCUACCAUGUUGCAUUGUAUUUUUCAUUGAUUUAUUAUUGGCAAUCUGCUUAUUGGCAAUCGAAAUGAAUACUAAAUUGAUUAAUAAAAAGCAGAUAGUAUAGAACUUAAACAUUGUGGGAGUAAGUUGAGAUUUUUUAGAGACAGUGGUAAAGUAAAUAUAACUAGAAACAUAUCUUAUUUUUAAGAAAAGCAAGGUCAAUCUUUUCUUUGUAUGUUGUUAUAUUUUAUUUUUUACCAAUUGAUUGGUAAUUAAUCUAUUUGACCAUCAGAAGUUUUUAGAAUUCUUUAAAGACUGUUUAGAGUUGAAAUGAUAAAAUCUUUUUAUUCUUAGGAAAAGUAAGGUGAAUAUUUCACUCCGAUUUACUGUUAAUGUUAAUUCUUUGCAAAAUACAAAGCCUUUCCUUAAGAUUCUUUUCUUUUCCUUUCAUCUUUCUUUUCUUCAGGCUCAAAUCAGCUCGAUAUUUCUCUUUAUUUAGAGAUAAUACUCCUUUGAAAUCACGAUGCAUCGCCGUAAAAAUGGCCCGAGAUAGUGAAAUUCUUUAUUUCAUUGGAAUAUAUGAAGUAAGUUAAUAUGUCUACAUCUUUUUGAAAGUAAGAUUUUCACUAAUAAUAAACAUUCUUUUUGAUAUAUUAAUGUAUCUUUACAAGAGAUAUAAUUUAAAGUACAAAAGUUAUAAGAAAGGUAUGAUAUUUAUAAUAUAAAUUCCAAUUUGCCACCCUACAUGUAUAUGUUCUUAUAGCCUAGAAUAAAAUUAUAAAAGAUAGUAAAAUAGUAACAAUGCUGUAGAUUGUGCAGUGUUGAUGUUAUGAUCAACCGAUAUUUGAUAAAGAGAUAGAAUCUUUAAUUUAAGGAAAGUAGCUGAAGAUAAAUUCUGAUACAGAAAUGUACAUAUCAUAAUCUUAAAAGUCCCUAGAUGCGGAUCUUAUUAUGUACUUAUCUAGUUUUAAAAAAGUGUACUUAUACCGCAAUUUUAUUAAGUUUCUCAUUUAUAAUAAACUACAGAAAAAUUGUGAUAACACACUAAUUUUAGUUUCGCGCGCUGAUAUUCGGUUCUCUUGCAACUACUGAAAUACUUUGAAACUAUCGAGAACCUUCUAAAAUUUUAAAUUCUCCUAAUUAUUCAAAACCAGUGGGAUUAUCCUUUGAUCUUUCAAAUGCAUUAAUAUUUUUCGACAUUCUCUUUUGAAACCUUUAAACUCUUUUCAGCCCUCCGAAUUCUUUGAAAUUUUAAAUAUUCUUUAAUUAUUUGUAGCCUUCAGUGCUUUUCAAUAUCCUCAAUCCUUUCGAAGUCCUCGAAUAUCAUCGAA